UUUUUGCAACAGUCCAUUAAAGACGGAACGAUUAAUGAAGAAGAUACUGUAGGUGUUGAAGUAGCAGUGCAAUGUAUUGGUGAAGCUUUUGGUGUGAACAUCGAGGAUCCUGAUCAAAAAACACUUUAUACCACGAAGGCUCCCUUGCUAUCAAUUUUUGAAGUAGCUGUAAAAACUCAAGAACGAAUAACUAAGGCGUCAACACCUAAACCUACGACUUCAACUAAGACGGAACUCAGCGAAGAACAAAAAAAAAGAGCUGAAGAAUUGAAAGCGGCUG